AUGAAGGCUGAUUCGUCCAUGGAAGAUGACUUCCAUCUUUUAACCUUGGAGAAAUUUUGGAUCAAAAGAUUGCCUGUUAAUUCGUCACUUGCCUCUCUUGCUUUACGAAUACUAGUUCCUUCAUCUUCCUUUAUCAAAACUACACAGCGAGAUCGUCUUGAUGUCGAUAGCGACCUGAUGAUAGCUCUGGCAAAAACAGAACCUAGAAUCUGGCACAGAACAUGCAAUCUCAAAACCAAAUUGACAGAUGUUUACAUAGAGGCACAACAAGCUGGCUACCCCUACGUCGACUACAAUGGCAAGCAGCAAAUAGGGAUAUCGCAUAUGCAAGCGACCCUACGAAAUGGAAUGAGACCCAAUGCAGAAAACUCUUACCUUCGUCCGAUUCGACAGAGAAAGAAUUUGAAGAUACGUACAGGUGCUUACAUAAAACCUGGCGUUGAGUAG